CUACGGUUUACUAAAGAGGAGAAGUUGUUUGUUGACUAGUCAACCGUGAAGCGGGUAGGUAAAGGAUUCUUUCAUGGUUGGUGGAGUGAUUGUUCUAUCAUCAAAUUCAACCCACCGGAAGUCUAAUGCUUCGGCAAGAAAAUAGCAAAGCUCAAACGAAGAAAUGGAGUUCUACUGGAGAUCAGCAAUGGAGCAGAUCACUUGGUAUACGGGACUAUCCCCAACGGCAUUCUUCACCAUACUUGCCGCAAUGAUCUUCGUGUUUCAAAUGGUUUCCUCCAUGUUUGUUUCUCCAGAAGAGUUCAAUAAGCCCCCAACUGUUCCGAUUUCUUCGUCUAACUCAUCCAAUUCCAAUUUGUUUGUCAAUGAUUCGGCUGCAGACGCCUCGCAAGCAGUUCUAGUAGGGCGAUUAACGGAGCAGCAGUUGAGGGCUUACAAUGGUUCUGACCCGAAUAAGCCACUUCUUAUGGCUAUAAAGGGUCAAAUCUACGAUGUUUCUUCGGGCAGGAUGUUUUACGGUCCUGGUUCUCCUUACUCUAUGUUCGUCGGGAAGGAUGCCAGCCGAGCCUUGGCUCUCUUAUCUUUCAAACCCGAAGACAUCAAUGGUAACAUCGAAGGUCUGAGUGAAGAAGAGCUUGUAAUCUUGCAGGACUGGGAAUACAAGUUCAUGGAAAAGUAUGUAAAAGUUGGGGAGCUUGUUCCAGAGGGAGAACUGAAUGAGCAUUCUGAAAAUGGACACCAAAAUUCCGAAACCACACAAGUAGAACACGACAAAGAUCAGUAAGAAGAUGUUUAUAUUUCCAUCUUUUCAUCAGGUAGAUCUCAGGAACAUUCUAAAUCUCGUGAUGCUGUUGAGCGUGCAAGUCCUCCCUGAUUUUGUGAAGUUAUGGCCUUCUUUGAGUAUGCAUAAAAAAUUGAGUAGAGUAGAUCAAUCUGAUUGAAGUUAGAAAUUCUGCUACCUUUGGCUAGAUUUUUGCCUGUUUUGUUUGUAUAUUGUUUUGAGACUAGAAUUUUAUAAUACUAAUGAGUAUAUUAUUUUAUUUCA